AUGCUGCAGCUCCAUGCGAGGAAAGCUCAAAUGCUGCUGCUGCUGCUGCUGCUUCUCUCCGCCAUGGCGGGUAGGCGUGCAGUUGCCACUGCAGCCGCGCCGCCGUCGACAGGCCACCAAAGCGACGAGAGCGCGCUCCUAGAUUUCAAGGCAAAGGCGGCAUCCGGAGCCUCGCUCGCCUCCUGGUCCCGGAACGGCAGCUACUGCAGCUGGGAGGGCGUGACGUGCGGCGGCCAGAGACACCCGCGGAGGGUGGUCGCUCUGGACCUGCACUCCCGGGGGCUCGCCGGCACCAUCUCCCCCGCCAUCGGCAACCUCAGCUUCCUCCGGUCGCUCAACCUGAGCCUCAACGCCCUGCGCGGCGACAUCCCGCCGACCAUCGGCUCCCUCCGCCGCCUCCGGUACCUUGACCUGGUGGACAACUCGCUUGCGGGCGAGAUCCCGGGCAACAUCAGCCGCUGCGCCCGCCUCGAGGUCAUGGACGUCAGUGGCAACAGGGGGCUGCAGGGGAGAAUACCUGCCGAGAUCGGCGACAUGCUGACGAUGCUCAGAGUUCUCCGUCUUGCCAACAACAGCAUCACCGGAACCAUCCCUGCGUCGCUCGGGAACCUCUCCCGGCUGGAGGACCUGUCCCUGGCGAUCAACCACAUAGAGGGGCCGAUCCCCCAAAGCAUCGGGGGCAACCCACACCUCAGGAGCCUUCAGCUCUCCAUGAACAACCUCUCGGGAACGUUUCCUCCUUCCCUGUACAACCUGUCAUCGCUCAAGCUACUUUCCAUGGCGGAGAACGAUCUGCACGGUCGUCUCCCACAAGAUUUCGGAACAACCCUUGGCAGCAUGCAGUUCUUCAUGCUCGGAGGUAACCGGUUCACGGGAGCUGUCCCCGCAUCUCUCACUAAUCUCUCCAAUCUCCAAGUUUUUGACGUGUCCGUCAACGAGUUCAGUGGAGUCGUCCCUUCUGCGCUGAGCAGACUGCAGCAACUUGAAUGGUUCAACCUGGACUACAACAUGUUCCAGGCAUACAGUGAGCAAGAAUGGGCAUUCCUUACUUCGCUGACAAAUUGUAGCAUGCUGCAAGUACUAGAAUUGGGAUGGAACAGUAGGUUUGCAGGGGAGCUACCAAAUUCAUUGGCUAAUUUGUCCACGACUCUCCAGGAGCUACUGAUUUUCUCCAACAGUAUAUCUGGCGCCAUCCCAACUGACAUUGGAAAUCUGGUAGGCCUUCAGCAGCUUAUGCUUGGAGAGAACUUGCUCACUGGGGCCAUUCCAGUAAGCAUAGGCAGGCUCACACAACUGAACAAGCUGUUUCUGAGCUACAACAACUUGUCAGGAAGCAUCCCGUCAUCCAUCGGAAACCUCACUGGUCUAGUUCAACUCACUGUCAAAGCCAACAGCCUGGAGGGACCGAUUCCAGCAAGCAUGGGGAAUCUGGAGAAACUGUCAGCACUAGAUCUAUCUAGCAACAACCUUAGUGGGUUGAUCCCAAGAGAGGUUAUGAACCUACCAUCACUGUUACUGUAUCUGGAUUUAUCUGAUAACUUGCUGGAGGGACCUCUUCCGUCAGAGGUUGGAAACAUCCCUCCUGUUUUUGGAGACAUGAAAGGGCUUACUUUACUGAACUUGACAAGCAAUAAGCUGAAUGGAAGCAUUCCUGGGGACCUAGGGGAUAUUACCAACUUGCAGCAGCUAUACCUUGCCCACAAUAACCUAUCAGGACAAAUUCCACAACUCCUAGGUAAUCAAACAUCACUGGUCCGUCUCGAUCUGUCCUUCAACAAUUUACAAGGUGAAGUACCACAGGAUGGAGUUUUCAAGAAUCUAACUGGACUAUCAAUAGUUGGAAAUGAUAGGUUAUGCGGUGGAAUACCACAGCUUCAUCUGCCAAAAUGCCCAAACUCUGCUGCGAGGAACAAUAAGAAAACCACGUCGACGUCGCUUAGAAUAGCAUUGCCUACAGUAGGAGCUAUCCUGGUUUUACUUUCAGUGCUUUCUUUAGCCGCAUUCCUUUACAGAAGGUCUAUGGCAAUGGCAGCAACCCACCUGGAAGAAAAACUACCACCUCGUUUCACUGAUAUAGAGCUUCCAAUGGUUUCAUAUGAUGAGAUACUCAAAGGAACCGAUGGGUUCUCAGAAACCAAUCUCCUAGGACAAGGAAGAUAUGGGUCCGUAUACAGUGGCACCUUAAAAAAUGGACGUGUUCCUGAAGCCGUUAAGGUAUUUAAUCUUCAGCAAUCAGGAUCAUACAAAAGUUUCCAGGCUGAGUGCGAGGCACUGCGAAGAGUUAGGCACCGAUGCCUUGUAAAGAUCAUCACAUGUUGUUCAAGCAUCGACCACCAAGGUAAAGACUUCAGGGCUCUAGUCUUCGAGAUUAUGCCAAAUGGGAACUUAGAUAGCUGGAUCCAUUCAGAUAUGGAAAGCCAGAGCAGAAAUGCAGCACUGACCUUAGAGCAGAGGUUAGGUAUCGCCGUUGACAUCACGGAUGCAUUGGACUACCUCCAUAAUGGCUGCCAUCCAAUGAUCAUCCACUGCGAUCUCAAGCCCAGCAACAUUCUUCUUACUCAGGACAUGAGGGCUCGUGUUGGAGAUUUCGGCAUCGCUAGAAUUCUAAAUGAAGCUGCAAGAGAAACUCGUGUGAAUUCCAAUAGUACCAUCGGCGUCAGAGGCUCUAUCGGAUACGUUGCUCCAGAAUAUGGAGAAGGGCUUGGAGUAUCAACUCACGGUGAUGUUUACAGCCUUGGCAUCGUUUUGAUCGAGAUGUUUACAGGAAAGCGCCCAACAGACGACAUGUUCAGGGACGGGUUAAACCUGCAUUACUUUGCUGAGGCAGCACUUCCUGAUCAGGUGAUGGAGAUAGCAGAUUCCAGAAUCUGGUUGUAUGACCAAGCAAAAAAUAGCAAUGGCACAGGAGAUAUUUCCAGAACCAGGGAAUGCUUGGCUGCUAUUAUCCAGCUUGGUGUGCUGUGCUCAAAGCAAUCACCCAAAGAUCGUCUGUCAAUAAGCGAUGCCGCUGUAGAGGUGCAUAAUAUCAGAGAUACAUACCUCAGUAACAUGGGGAUGAAGUCUGUUACAUCAUACGUACGUACGUGA